UCAUCAAUCUGCUGUUUUGUUUUGUGACAGACUCCGUGUCCGACCCGCACUUUGAUACCCUCCAAGCCUUGGGUGAGGAGCCAGGCCAACCAGAACAACCCCAGGAUUCGGAAGAGACAAACCUCGUGAUCAGUGAAAUGCUACUACAAGUCACCACCAGUAUGUGCCAUCUACCUUGACUCAUCACGUGGUAUCUAUGAUUUCCCAUGACAGAUUCCGUGUCGGAUGACUCGGAUCCACUCAAUGAUACCCUCCCAACCCUGGGUGAAGAUCUAAGCCAUCCAGAACAACCUCAGGACCCGGAAGAGACGCAAAUUAGUAGAGUGCAACAGGUCAUCAUUGUUGCCAUUUGCGCAACUGAUCUCACCCUUGGUCUCCGACGGAUCCCUGCUGGUUUCCAUGUGGUAGUAAAGACUGACGGUGCUGAGUGCCGAACAACCAACAAGUCUGUACACGUAGAUCAGACUGUCGUCGAAUGGAACGAGCCCAUAUUUUUACCAUGUGGGCCAUCUUCUAUAGUUCGAGUCAGCGUGUAUGCCUCGUUUGAACUGGGUCCCAUGCUCUGUCACGGAGAACUCCUCCGCACAUUCGAGAUCUCCGUCAGAGAAUUACUGGAUCGCAGUGAAAAAUCGCUUCCCAUGAUCUUUCAGCCCAAGCAGGGGGAAGUCGUAUCGGCUUGUACAUCGCUGUUCAUGACAGUGGAGCAGCGACUCUCUGAUAAAAAGGACAGCGCAGUUUUUUGCCCCCUCACUACCCUUACAUCCCGCGAUAUGGAUGCGUUAGCACUAAAGACGGACGCCGGACAUCGUCUUCUCGCACGACACCGCAGGACGCAGAACGGCAGUGAUCUUGACCAAUCCAUAAAACACUUUGAACGCGCUUCGGAUCUCUGCCCCAUGGACCAUCCAUACCGUUCUGCAGCCCUAUUCAAUCUAGCCACCGCAAACUUUGUUAGUUGCCAAGCUGACGGAAGAUACCUCGACCUCGACGCCCCUAUCACUCUAUUUCAAGAUGCACUUGACUUACGUCCUACUGGUCAUCUAGACCGAACCGUCACCCAGCUUCAUCUUGCUAUUGCUCUGCUCUCUCGGUUCGCGAAACGGGGAGUUCAAACGGAUGCUGAUGCAGCUGAAGAGUUACUGAACGAAGUCCUUGAUGUCUGCCACGCCAACAGCCACAUUUACAGAGCAGCCUUGAUUGCAAUCGAAACAUCCGCUGCGCAUUCAACUGGAAGUAUCGAUGGAGAUGACGGCAGGCAGGAGUGGCCCGCCGCAUCCAUGCUUCCAUUAUCGCCAAAUCAACUUGCUCAUCGAGUAGAACGGUAUUUGCAGGGGGAUGAACCUAGCGCCUUAGAUGAAGUGAUAUCACUUCACUAUGAUGCACUGGGAUACUACAACAUCGGGCAUCCUUACCGAGAGCAAUUACUAUACAAUCUCGCGAUAGUGCUGCAAAUUCGGUUCGAGCGUCAAGGCGACGACGACGACUUGGAUCAGGCUAUCGCAUUCAAUAUGGAAGUGAUGGCCUUGUUUCCGGUCGGUCACACAGAUCGGUACAAGUCAUUGAACAACCUCGCGACUGCACUCUCCAUCCGCUUUGAGCACCGAGGCAACGAAGAAGACUUGGAUCAAGCCAUCAUACUUCAGAGGGAAGCGCUGGCAUUGUGCCCAGUUGGUCACACAGAUCGGUCCAUGUCAUUGAACAACCUCGCGAAUCGACUCUCCACCCGCUUUGAGCACCGAGGCAAUGGCGAAGACUUGGAUCAAGCCAUCGCACUUCACAGGGAAGCGCUAGCCUUGCGCCCGGUCGGUCACACAGAUCGGCCCCCGUCAUUACACAACCUUGCGACUCAACUCUCCUUCCGCUUUUACCACAGAGGCAACGACAAAGAUUUGGAUCAGGCUAUCGCACUUCACAGGGAAGCGCUGGCCUUGCGCCCGGUCGGUCAUACAGAUCGGUACAAGGCAUUAAACAGCCUCGCGGCUCCGCUCUCCAUCCGCUUUGAGCACCGGGGCAAUGACGAAGACUUGGAUCAGGCUAUCGCACUGUACAGGGAAGCGCUGGCAUUGUGCCCAGUUGGUCACACAGAUCGGUUAAAGACAUUAAACGACCUCGCGAAUCGACUCUCCUCCCUCUUUUCCUACCGAGGUAACGACGAAGACUUGGAUCAGGCGAUCGCACUUGAGAGAGAAGCGCUGGCUUUGUGCCCGGUCGGUCACGUAGAUCGGUCCAAAUUAUUAAAUAACCUUGCGAUACAACUCUCCGCCCGCUUUUGGCACCGAGGCAAUGACGAAGACUUGCAUCAGGCUACCGCACUUCUUCGAGAAGCGCUGGCUUUGCGGCCAGUCGGUCGCGCAAAUCGGUCCCACCCAUUAAACAACCUCGCGAGUCAACUCUCCUCCCAAUUUCGUCACACAGGCAACGACAAAGACUUGGAUGAGGCUAUCGCACUUCAUACAGAAGGGCUGGCCUUACGCCCGGUCGGUCACACAGAUCGGUCCAUAUCAUUAAAUAACCUUGCGGUUCAACUCUCCACCCGCUUUGAGCACCGAGGCAAUGACGAAGACUUGGAUCAAGCCAUCGCACUUCACAGGGAAGCGCUAGCCUUGCGCCCGGUCGGUCACACAGAUCGGUCCUCGUCAUUACAUGACCUUGCGAAUCAACUCCACACCCGCUUUGAGCAUCAACACAACAGAGAGGACCUCGACGAGUCACGAGAGAACCUACACUAUGCAUUAACUCUGUUGACGCAACAUGAUCCUCGUCAAUUACUAGUUCAUAGCUCGCUAGCUAACGUCUAUCUAUCAUUCCAUCAUUCAAGUCUUGACGGCACCAGCACCGGCGAAGAUACGGACAGUCUGAAUGCUGCCAUGCAUCAUAUCAAGGCAGCAGCAAAUGUCAUUUCUGGAGGCUUACGAACCCGCCUGCGAGCAAGUCUACACUGGGUGGACUAUGCUAGUCGACAUUCACAUGGUACUCAACUGGAGGCUUACGGGACCUCUAUGCAACUUCUAGACGCUUACAUGUCUGCGACAGUCUCUGUAUCGUCUCGUCUUAAUGCCAUGAACAUGAAGGAAUUCCCAAGUACGCUUGCCGUGGAUGCUGCGUCAUGUGCACUUCGCAGUGGCGAUGUUCCUCGCGCUGUUGAGUUGUUGGAGCAAGGCAGGACUGUCCUCUGGACCCAGAUGACACGACUCCGCACGCCUCUUGAAAGCCUACAGACUCGCGGCGAUCAUGCAGUAGCCCUGAUGAAGAGAUUUAGACACCUCAGCUCCCUUCUUGACAAACCUACUGCGAGUGAUCCAGAAAGGACCCCAAGAGUCGAUGUAGAAGCAGAAGAAACCCGGUACAGACGUCUAGUGCAGGACUGGAAUAGACUUGUAGAAGAGAUCCGGAAGAUCGAGGGCUUUUCUCGCUUCCUACUUCCCCCUUUGUUCUCCGAUCUUCAAGAUGCAGCUCGUGAUGGGCCUAUCAUCGUGCUUAUCGCAAGCCGGUCGUCUUGCCAUGCCAUUAUCAUCUCGCACAAGCGACCUCCGGCUAGCAUUCAACUCCCUACCGAUUUUCAGAAACUUGCCAAAGUGGUAAUCGCACUCCAAAAUGCAGUUCGCAAAGAGGCCGGUCCUAACGGGAACCAAUCAGCAUUGAUAAAAGCUUUGAGGGAGUUGUGGGAUGGUGUCGUCCGCCCAGUGGUAGAGAAUCUGAACGGAUUUGCUCCACGAGGUUCCCGAAUAUGGUGGUGCCCGACGUCUCUCUUCAGUUUCUUGCCGUUGCACGCUGCUGGCGAGUACAGGGCAAAUGGAGAGUCCCUUUCGCAACAAUAUAUCUCUUCGUAUACGCCAUCACUCGCCGCGCUGAUGAAGGCUCGCGGAAGUCAUGACCGGUCCCCGUCGGUGCCCUUCGUUGCCAUCGGUCAGAAUCUCCCAGCCGGUGCCUCAUUAAUUUUGGAUGCUGUGGAGCCUGAACUGGAAUUGGUGCGGAGUCUUUUGCCCCCUCCCCCAACUGUCUCCUUCUCCAAGAUAACCAGUGUCGAUGCUACGAAAUCGAGAGCACUGUGCGCAUUGCGAGACAAUACUUGGCUCCAUCUCGCUUGUCACGGGACACAAAGAUUUGACGAACCCUUCAAGUCGGCCUUUCUUAUGCGCGACCAGCCGCUUUCACUCCUCGACAUCACCCAAAUGGAUCUCUCUCAGCAUCAAUUCGCAUUUCUUUCUGCCUGUGAAACCGCAGUCGGUGCCUUUAGUACGCCCGACGAAGUGAUACACCUAGCGGCUGGCCUGCAAUUCGCCGGGGUUAAGAGCGUCGUUGGGACAUUGUGGAAAGUCAAUGACAGUACUGUGCAGUGCUUAGUCAAGGCAUUCUACAAAAACUUGUGCGGGGAUGGCACAAUGAAUUCCAAACGAGCUGCUCGGGCGCUGCACCGAGCGGUCCAGUCGUUGGCUUGUGACAGGGACAUACCCUUGGACCAGCGCAUAGUGUUUGUGCAUAUUGGCAUAUGAUCAAUUCCGACCCAGUGAUGACCACACGCAAGGACUUUCGAUAUUCCAGACUUUGAGACUGUAUACCUCCACAACACAAGACACAAGUUUCGAUGAACGCGAUAGUAAUAGUCGGACGUUUGAAUCGCGCCGUGAGGGUAUUGAAUGCACUCCCACUCACCAUGCAGCACCGAAAGCCAGUGCUCAUGAAGAGCUUGGCCCUGGCAGGAUAGACUGACCAUAGACGAAUGAAAAUAAGCAGUCGUCCGUCCUCUCUUCGGAAUAGAUACUAAAAGUGUUGUGUGUAAAGCACACAAUCAGAUUGAAAUCGCAAAACGUUGAGUCAAGACGUAAAUCAUACAGUACAGAUAAUAACGGUGUUGUAAAAUGUGCGCAUUGUGCGUCAGAAGAAU